AUGAAAAUAGAUGAUCUCAACCCCAAGAUUGUGCAAAAAGAACCUAAGUUGCAAGAAUAUGAACCUUUAGAAAAGGAUAAGAAUGAGGGUUUGACAAGUGAAUCUGCUAAUGGAAGAUAUAAUAUUACUAUAACAAAAGAGAGACCCCCACUAGUAGAAGAAGAAGAAAGACCCCCACCACCCCACCAUCAAAGAUUGAAGAAGCAAAAUCAAGGCCUUCAAUUUAAGAAAUUUAUAGAUAUCCUUGACCAACUAUACAUCAAUGUCCCUUUCCUAGAGGCCAUUGAUCAAAUGCCAACAUAUGCGAAGUUUCUCAAGGAUAUUGUCUCCAAGAAAAGGAAGGUUGAGAAAUAUGAAAGUGUUUAUACAUCAAAAGAGUGUUUUUCUAUGCCGAGUAAGCUGCCACCAAAGAGAAAAGAUCUCAACAGCUUUAUCAUUCCUUACUCUAUAGGCGAUAAUUAUAUGGGGAGAACCCUAUGCGAUCUUAGAUUGAAUAUGAAUUUAAUGGCCAAGUCGGUGUUCAUAAAGCUUGGUAUGGGAAAUGCGAGACCAACUACUAUUAUCUUGUAA